AUGCAGACCCAACCGAAUCACAACCCAAACCUGACGAGAUACGUGGUACGAAGCUCAGAUGUGAUAUCCGACUUGCGCGUUAAUAUAUUCGAGGAAAGCUCAGACAAAGUCAUCUGGUAUAAAGAAAGAUUCCUUUCGGACGAGGAGAUCGUCGAGCAUUUCGUCCAUAACCAAACUUCGACCGUACUCUGGACCAUUCAUAGGCCAAAACGGGGGUGGUAUAUUCGAGUUCGGUCACCGGCCUUUCCGCCGGGAGUGUUCAUGUCUCUCCUUCCCGUGCCUCGCUCGUCGCCUGAUUACACGGAUGCUGCCUUGUAUUUCUCCUGUCGCACAAACAGCCUCCCUUCAUCCCCUCCAUCCACCUCUAUUUCACCUACGAAGUCCGGAGCCUCCCGUGAUAGCGUUGACUCGGACGCUACAGUGGUGCAUUCGUACCCUCCUACACCUCCCGUUGCGCCUGUUGUAGUCACGCCGCCUUCCCCACCCACACUUGAUGCGAAACUCAACGAGAUAGGUCCCGCGCUUCCAAAGAACGUGGGACCGCAAGCCAGACCGAUCCCCUCACGAAUCGCUCAGUUUCUCCUUGCACCUCACUCCACUCCUCAUAUACCUGCCCCACAACAGACGGAUCACACUUCGUUUAUCACACGCGCUGUAUCUUUGUUCAAGAACCAUAAGCCGUCCCAUUCGUUGUCGUUCACACUCACUCCCACGGAUAACAUUCGGAAGAUACAGUCUACUGGGUCUUCCCAGUCUCACCAUCUGAUUCCGCAAACCCCGACACCUUUAUUGGUAUUUCACGACACGACGCCCGUAUUGACCUUCCGAUCCAUGAGUGGACUGCUAGAAAUAAACCGGGCUGAAGAACGCGUGUUAGGCGUCGAGACGAGCUUUUGGAUUGCCGUUUCUCUAAGUUACCUUGAAUUUUUGGAGGACAGAGAGAGUUACCUGGCUGCAAUGGCUGAUUAA